CGCUCUUCGCUGACAGCGUGCGCCCUCUAGCGGUGAAGCGCGCGGCGGCGCGAGCGACGCGCAUACGGUCUACUAGAAGGACGCAGGCGCGGCUCUGCGGUUGCUGAGCUCCAUUGAACACCGGCUAUGGUAAUGUCUGUUAACGCAGGUGGAACUUAAUAGCAGCUGCUAUAAAUGGUAAAUGGUGUUUUCUUUUCCUCGGAUAUUCGUCAUUGUUGUUGCUGCCCUGUGCUGCUGUCCAUAACAGUGUUGUUUGCUGCUCAUACACUCAGCUAGCCAAGUAGUGGAAGAGUGUUGUCUUCACAUCGCCUGCUCUUCGCAUCAGCCGCCUUUGUCUCGUUGUGCUGUUCCUCCAACUCACCUCUAUCAGCUCUUAUUGUCGCUACAGCAUGUCGUUAAAGCAGAGAAUAAUAUUUUAUAGGUGGGGGCAUCAUAGUCUGUGACAGCCGCGGCGGCGCUCAAGCGAGACCUGUAGCCGGUGGCGGCCGGCUAGUUCGUCGCGCCGAAUCCAUGAGCCCGUAUUUCCUCACAGUGAACAGUAUCGCCAUCUCUGCAACGCCCUAUUGUGAAGGUGACAGCGCUCCGAGCGAACGCUGGAGGUGGCGAAGAUCGUGAUCGUAUUUGCGGUUGCGCCAUUCACUAGCCGUUCGAGCGGUAACGUCAGUAGUAAAAGAUAGUAGUUCGUCUGAACGCUGCUUGCCACUGCUGUGAACUAUAGCAACAUCAUCCUGGCAGUUUGAGCCAGUACUGAGGCGUUGAAAUCGUGAAAACGUACGGCUAUAAUAAUAGCAGCAGUAAAAACAACACAGCAACAGCAGUGGAGCAGCAGAAACAGGGCCAUCAAUGAUGGCAGUGCCCAGGUAACGCGCCAGUCUUGUUAUGGCUGGUGGCGAAUUGACAGUGCAAAGUUAGUUCUGAGCGGGAAGAUGGUCGUUAUUGUCUAUACCCGGAGUACUGAUGACAGCAGCUCUCAUAAGCAGCGGUUGAACUUGUAGCGAGAAUACGCAAAACCCCUCUGACAAGAGAGACUGCCAUAGCUACUGUUUCUACGGUUGGUGCAGAAGUUGCUGAACAGCCCGAACAGGAGAUUUUCAAUGAUGACACAGGACGCUUUCCAAUGUAUCCUAUGACUGUCGUAACUUCAGCAAGCAUACAAUGUGGGUUAGAUCAGGCUUUUGAACGACCAUGUCAUGCAAAGUCGUAAUUGGAAUUACCGUGCGCCGUGUGUUGAUGUGAAAGUGAAAAUCGAUGCGGCAACCUCCAAGGAUGAUGUUGUUGUUAUUGUUGUUGUAGUCAACGUAGACGACAGUCGCGUAGGGUGAUGUCAGUACCUAAGCGAUAUACUGGAUACAUACACGAUACUUUAGAACUGAAAUCGCCGAAAUCAUUAGGAAAUUUUAUUUCAAGCGUAACUGGAUUCUGUGACGGCAAUCAGGAACGUAACAGCAAGCGUUUACUACUACAACGAGAGAAAGAAUACAGCAACUCUAAAAGGCGUACCAAUGCUCCGGCAACGUAAACUUGUACAGAAAUUUCUUUAGACGUAUACGAGUCAUUUACGUAAUACGCUCGUAGAAACGGUCUCGACUUGAAGUGCGCUAGAAGCACGCGGUACCCAGCUAAUCACUUUGGAGCAGCGGUAAGAUGGGUGUGUUACAAUUAAAUUUUUUUGUAAGAUCCGUCUCCCCGCGUAGCUGAUUCACGCAGGAGCGCAUGCGGACGCGCGGUUGUCGCCGAGAGAAGGAAAAGUGUUGAUUGGCGACCGUGUUCUAGUCGCAGCUGUUCGUGAAACAGACGGCAGCGUUGCUGUCGCCAAAUUAAAUGACCCAGCCAAGCGAAUAGAAGUGACCAGUUCAGCAUCUCCACGCUGCACUUCUGGAAUUGAUCGUUCUUUUUCUGUAAAUGAAAAAAGCGAAGAAGCAGUCGACACCGAAAACGAAUUGGGUGAAAAAAAAACGAGAAGUAAAGCGUCCGCGACGGUAUCUUGCCUGCUCCCACCCGCGGAGAUCCCGGUAAGGUUUGAGAUCGGUUCGUAAUCCUUUCUUCAGCAGUUAACAACGCCGGCCCUCGUCACGAUGGGUCACGGUGCAAGUCACGGCCAACAGGCCGGUGGCGGUGAUCGCUGGAAGAACGAUGUUAAGCAGCCAAUGCCGGACGCAUCAACGGUGGAACAUCGCUUCAAUCAGGUUCUGAAUUUGAUGGAUCUACCGCCAGAUAAAGCAAAGCUCCUGAGGAGUUACGAUCAUCAAAAGAAAUGGGAAAUCGUUUGUGAUCAGGAGAAAAUGAGCGCCAAACAGGCCCCGUCAUUCUACCUUUCGAAGCUCUCGACCUAUCUUGAUCCAAAGGCGCCACGCUCAACUAAGGUAACAUCAAGCUCAAAUUCAGGGUCAUCUGGCUCCUGUUCCGAUGGCCCAAGUUGCUCAGGGGGUAACUCGGGGAGUGGCUGUCUCGACUCUUCAAUGGCCGCACCCUUCGCCGAUGCUUUCUACUCUUUUUUCCACGCUCAGUACCGAACCAUGUACUACACUUUAGGCAAUGAAUGCUUUGUACCCAUGAUGCAGUUCGCACCGGAAAAUCUGCGACGGAGAACACUGGGUAAUUCGAAGUCCACACAGGUCCUUCGGGAUUUGGAGAUCUCACUUCGGACAAAUAACAUAGAAUGGGUUCGCGAGUUCCUUAACGAAGAAAACAAGGGCCUGGAAGUUCUGAUCGAGUACCUGAGUUUUCAACUCGAGAUUCUCAAGUUCGAGUUAGGCAAAAGCUGUAUAGACGGCCCCAAUGCUGUAGGUUCCGGGACAGGAUUAGCAGAUGAACAGAUCGGGAUUGGUAGCAGUGGAGGUCACUCGCUUGUGUAUUCAUCUCCAGCCGUGAUCACCUCGCAGAACAGCGCGCCAAUGCUCCAGAGAACCAAGUCACUGGGGCCUUAUGACGGGUCGAGCGAGGUUGAGGAUUCGAGGAACUCUACAAUGCGACGCUCGUAUCGCCGUAGUCAGCGAGGUUAUCGAAGCACAACCGGAGGAACCCCCCGCUUGAGACGUCGGCCUACACAUAAACAGCUCAGUCGGCUGAAUAUGGGUGAAGCCGAGGACGACAUCCAUGUCUGCAUUAUGUGCAUAAGGGCCAUCAUGAAUAAUAAGUAUGGCUUUAAUAUGGUGAUCGAGCAUACGCAGGCGAUCAACUGCAUUGCAUUGUCUCUCAAUCAUAAAUCACUUCGGACAAAAGCUCUUGUUCUUGAGUUGCUGGCGGCGAUCUGUCUCGUGAAAGGAGGACACCCAAUUAUCCUGAACGCGUUUGACAACUUCAAGGCGGUAUGCGGCGAGCAGUAUCGAUUCCUCACGCUUAUGGAGUACUUCAAAGAUCUCACUGAGUACAACAUCGACUUUAUGGUGGCAUGUAUGCAAUUCAUCAACAUCGUUGUCCAUUCGGUAGAGGAUAUGAACUUCCGCGUCUAUCUGCAGUAUGAGUUCACCCAAUUAGGGCUCGAAGCGUAUCUUGACAAGAUUGGCCAGACUGAGUCAGACGAGCUGCAGGUACAAAUCAGUGCAUACUGGGACAACUUCUUUGACGUUCAGUCUUUGAUGGAGGAUAGCGAAACGAGGGCUUUGGCCUUGGAACGGGUUAACGAACUCGACCACGAAUUAAGCCGUUGCCACGAAGUCGAGAACGAAAUUAUGGCCAAGAUCGUCGAACUCGAAACAGAAAACCUGAAACUGCAGCGAAUGAACGAGGAGCUUAUGGAGAUGCGCGAGAAGUCCACUGAGGAAAUCAAUACCCUCCGUAAGAAAAUCAGCGAUAAGGACAAAGAGUACACUCAGCGAGCUUCGUUCCUAGAAAAUAAACUUCAACAGCUGGAAAACGGUAGCGUGAGUGGAGGUUCAUCGACGUCGUCGACGCCUGUACCGCCACCCCCACCGCCUCCGCCGCCGAUGCCCCCUGGAGGCGCCGUCAUGGCUCCACCGCCUCCUCCGAUGCCGACAAAGAUUUCUGGCGAGGUCCCACCGCCCCCUCCCCCUCCGAUGAAUCCGGGAGUUAUGCCGAUGACUGGAGAGCGAAGUGGACCCCCGCUUCCGGUAGCAGGACUCAUGACGAUUCGGCACCCUAAAAUGAAGACGAAGUACAAGCUCCCCACGCUUAACUGGAUUGCGCUAAGACCGACCGAAGUCAAUGGAACUGUCUUUAGCAAUCUGGACGACGAGAAGCUCUACAACCGAUUGAACAGGUUACGCUUGGAUAGGUUUGAGGAACAGUUCAAAUUAGGUCCCGCCAACGGAGGAGUUGGUACAGAUAAAACAGAUCGUCCUGAUGAUACGAUUAAGAAAUUUCGAGGACCUGAAAAGGUUUCCCAGCUGGAUCAUAAUCGACUUCGUAAUAUGGCCAUAUGUCGGCGAAAGCUUGACCUGGCAACCGAUGCCGUUGUUCGCCUUGUCAACAAUCUCGACUUAAAGACGAUGUCCCAUGACCAACUCGAGACACUGAUGCGUAUGGUGCCCAAUGAAGCUGAAUCGAAGGCGCUCAAGCAGUACGAGAAGGAUCACAAAAACAUUGACGGCCUCACCGAUGAAGACAAAUUCUUGCUUCAGCUAACGAAAGUCGAGCGGCUUCAGCAGAAGCUCAAUAUCAUGCAUUACAUGUCCACUUUUCAGGAAACUGUAUCUACGAUCAGCCCGCAAGUACAUUCGGUUACACACGCGGCCCGCACAAUCAAGUCAUCGAAAAAGGUCAGCCAAAUGCUCGAGCUCAUUUUGAUGAUCGGUAACAUGAUGAAUGGGGCGAAACGAGGUGCUGCAUACGGCUUUAAACUUCAAUCCCUCGAUAUCCUGCCGGACCUGAAAUCGGCCGACAAGAAAUGUUCGCUACUGCACUUCAUCGUUGACGUGCUCAAGGAAGAAUUUCCCGAAGCAGCUAGCAUCGACCAGGAGCUGCGAAUCACCGAGAAAGCUGCUCAGGUGUCACUUGAGAACCUUCUUACCGAUCAAACCGAACUCGAGAAGGGAAUGGAGUUGUGCCGGAGGGAGCUAGCGCUUCGCAAGGAGAAGGAUCAAGUCCUACAGGAGUUCCUGUGCCAGAACGACGAAAAGCUUCGUAAGCUGGUCAGCGAUAUGGCUGUCGCAAAGGAAGCCUAUGCAGACUGUGUGAGCUUCUACGGUGAGAGCGCUCGCACCGUCACCACGAACGCGUUCUUCUCUACGCUGCAUCGCUUUUUCAAAAAUCUAAAGCAAGCCGAAACCGAAAAUGAGCGCCGACGCAUGCUCGAAGAGGCCCAACGCCAGAAGUCGUUGUCGAACAAUAAUAAUGUCCAGGAUUCGAAACGGAAUCAGGACGCUGUCAUCAACGAGAUCAAAUCCCGCACGAAACAGAUUAAAGAGAAAAAGCUACUUAAACAAGACGAAGUGUACAACGGUGCUCUUGAAGAUAUUUUACUCAACCUCAAAAACGAGCCAUAUGUGCGCGCAGAUGCUGUGCGCCGGAGUCAGCGGCGGAAAUUGGACAACCCUAACCUAGUUCAGAGUCGAGACGCCGCAACCAUGGACGUUUGAGAUCGUCAACGUAACACGGCCAGGUUAAGAUAAGUGGUUAAUAAACAAAGCUGUAAACAAUCUAGGAAAUCAAGUUGUUAAAUUGAGUCGUACAAGUAUUAGCCGCCCCCAGAAUUGCCCAUCGAUCUUGGGCUACCUUGAGUUUUCUAGUGUGGCGACGGCCUUUAGGGAUGAGCUAGAUUUAACUAGUAUCUAGCAGAAGUAUAUCAUAGUUAAAUGACCCAGCGGUCUAUGCCAAUAUCAAUCAACCCAUCAUCAUGCGGGUACUCGAAAAUACUGUGCAGAUCCUGUAUAUGGCGAAUACAGGUAUACGUACCUGCUGAAAAGUCGAGAUGAAUGUAUACUGAUUUCUUUACAAGAGAAAAUUACAGCGCCUCUUGGGUCAUUUAGUUUGUCGAACGGCUUUGGCUUCGGCAGACCGCAACGUAAGGAUUUCGAUUAAGUAUAACGUUGUACUGAUACAUACGUAAGACGACAUCUUAAAUAAAGUGACGGCUUGCGAUCAAACAUAAACCAGAUAAUUGGCCAGAUGCAUUUUCCCCUUCGUGGCCAGGACCGACCGAGAGUACAUGCGAUUCCAGUCAUAUUAUAUCUACCUUACAGCUGAGAUUCUAUAGGAGUUGGUGAUAUCAUACACAUGCGCUUUAUCGAUGUUGAUUACAAUCUAGGUAAACUAUACAUAGAAGAUUCAUUUUUUAUGGCAAGAUAAUAUUCUGCCAAUGCAAACAACACAUUGGGACAAGUAGCAAACAAUCUUCCAGAAGCUGUAGAAUUUUUCACGUCAAGUUCCUUUUGUCGUGCUAGCUCAAACGAAGAACUGAACAUAGAACAAGCGUCAACAGCCAAAGAAGAAAACAUGCUAAGGUUAGUAAAAGUAGGCGUUUGGGAAAGUCUUACUGGACAUUGAUGAUUACUUGUAAAUCUAUUGACUGACAAAUAGAUUAACGAAUGCGGGGAAGUUAGGUCGAAGAAGCUAAUUUAAAUAGACAUGACGAAAUGAAGAGAUUAUAGACAUUUAUAACAGGACAAGUCGAUUGGACGACGCAGUUGAUUUGUUAAAAUUAUGUUUUUCCCAUAGCGGUUCGUUUUGCUAUGACAAACUACCUGAUUUUUUCUUCUGUUAAAGGAACAGUGGCCAUGCAGCGCACGCUUAUGAUGUCAUUUACCCUAGAGAAACAUAUGGGAACACACGUAUUUUUAAGUUGGAUUUAAUUUUUGGAAAACUAGUCCAUAUAUAUAUACGUAUGCGCGACGUAGUAGGCAAAUAAACGAGGUAUAACGAUUGUAUGACAAAAUAGCUUGUGCAGUAUUGUUAGAUUGGGUGAGAAGGAUGCGACAUAAUAUGGAAACCGAAAGCCGCUAAGAACAAAGAACGUUCUUCGCCGCAAUUUUGCCAUAAUGAUGCUAAAACAACCUGAACAAGAAUUUUAUAUUGUAACUAUAUGUACAGUAAGAGCGAUUAUAAAUUUAAGGUAAUUUUAUACUUAAUUAAUAAAUUUCACCAUAUACAAGAAAAUCUCUGGUGUGUUUGCUUGUUUGCCUAAAAAUUUUAGCAUAGCGUGACAAAAUUUAUGUGUGUGCAGUAUUUUUUCGUAUACUGAAUAAGUGAACUGCGCAGUCAGAAGUGACCGGAUUUCGUCGGAAACAUUUUCGGGUACCUACGAGAGAGUUCUUUUGAGUGUUGCGUCCGAUGCUACAGAAUUUACUUCGGACGGCUGCCCCGUAUCGUACCAUAAAGCUAAUCUUGUUUAAGCCAUGUUUCGACUUUAAACUACCUUCUUAAGUGUCCCUGAGUUUAAUAGACAAAUAAGUUACCACUACGCCAUCACAGGAAUAUCGCAAAGGCCCUGUCAUAAAUGCACAAAUAUGACGGCUUUCGGGUGACCUGUAGUCCCCUCGAUCCUUCACUAAGUAAUUCUACUUUCACUAUGUAUCGGUUACACGUCAUCCUGUCUCUUUCACAACACGUAACUAACUUUCAUGAGAACUAAACCGUAAAAACGUAAAUGCAUUACAUCCUAGCUAUAAAUCAAAGGGUAUUUUCGUAAUGUGUAUUGGACGCAAACAGUCAAAAAGAAUAUACAUUUAAGUAAUUUGAAAACGGAUGCUGUUGAAAGAUCGAGAACGCCUUAGUUUUCAGUCGGGCACCGAAAUAACAGUUAAGCGCUGAUGAUGGCCUGAAUGACAACAAACAUCUGCGUAGUCCUGUAUUCUCCUGUUACAUGACCUUUAUAUAUAUAUAGGGUGGACGCAGCCAAACGGAUAUUAAUGAACUCGAUAUUUACAACUUAGCAAAAUGAUAACCGGGGACAAUUUGUCUAAUGGCAUGGACCUCGUUGAGUUCUUAGAAGAUGCCACACCCUUGUAGUCACUAGCAAAAUUCAGUCUUCUGAAGAAGCUUUCGUUACGAAGCCCCUGUUACUUACCUUCAAAAGACUAAUAAGGCUCAUGUCAUUAAUAUAGAAAACGUGGCGUUACCGUAUCAAUGGAAAUAUUUCAUUAGGUCUGGUAAGAAAGUAAGCGUUCGUUUGUGUCGAGCCGGUUUACCAUGAAUAGGCCAAGUCACUCUCGGCAUUUGAGCAAUUAGUGAUACAGUCAACAACCCACUUCAAACUGUGACUGGCCAGAGAAUAAAAGAUUAAUAAUAGAUUAGCGUGGACUUUCAAUUUUUUAGAAAAGUCAUUUUUUGUGCGAUAAGUAUUCGAGAUUUUGGAGUAUAGGUGAUUGUUAACGUAUUCCAUAGCGUUAGUAUACGAAUUUCAUGAGCUCGUAGCCAGUUGAUAAUUUUUAUUUGCUUUAAUAACCUAACCGGGCGGGAUAAACUGCGCUGAAAAAAUAGACGAAGUAUGCAAGAAUCGUAGAGUGAAGGCCAUAUUGUGACGUUAUAUUAAAAAAUGCAUUUUUGCUGCAAAGGGUCCUGGUCACAUAAAAAUCUCGCUUUAACUUUUCUACUAAGGUGUAUAUAUAAGCUGUCUUCAUUUACACGAAUCGUUUAGUUCUGUGUCGUUAUCGGGGCUUGACGCAGCGAGCCCUAACCUCUUUCAGCAGGAGGUUUGACAUUUCAAGCCACAGUAUCGACAGAACUAUAUAUACCUUUGGUCAUAGAAUAAAGACAGGGUCGCUGU